AUGCAUUGGGACAACGAAUAUAAUUUACCCUCCUCUCUUCUUUCUCUCGCUCUCUUUCACGCUCUUCCGCACAUUCCUUCGACAGCUGUUAUUUUUUUUUUUUCGCUUCUUUCUUUGGUGUUUUCUUGGUCUCCUCCAUCUUACUGCUAUUGUCGUUGUUGUUGUUGUCAACGAUUAUCUCCCUCCUUUCUUUUCUUUCCUCUUCCUCCUGUCAUGUGUCUCGUGCUUCUGGUGCUUGCAACUCCACUUGUUAGGUGA